GAUUGAUCAUAUCAUAUAUCAUACGGCUGAAAAAUGGCAGAAACAUCAUCCAAAAAUAAAGCUCUGCUCAGUGGAGAAGAAGAAGAAGACGAGCGUGGAGAUGAAGGGGAAGAACUUCACUUAGAACUGUCACUGCAAAAACUGAACCUCGGCCCCAAAAAGAAGCUUCUGAUUUUGGGACUCGGUGGAUUUUUAUGCCACAGAGUCUUUCGUUACGACAGAUCCAAAUUUCCUAAACGCCGCACUUGCCCUGAUGCUUCAUAUGGGAGUUUCCAUGUUUAUAAGAGGCCACACUGUGAAGAAUUCAUCAAGUUUUGCUUGGAGAGGUUUGAAGUGGGAAUAUGGUCUUCAGCAAGAGAAUGGUAUAUGAACAAUGCUUUGGAUUCUAUAAUGAUAGGACUCAGAGGGAAGCUUUUGUUUGCUUGGGACCAAACAGAGUGCACCAGAACCUGUUUUUUUGACCUGGAGAAGAAGGAAAGGCCCAUCUUUUUAAAGGAAUUGAAGAAAGUGUGGCUGUUGAGAACUCUAACAAAAUUUUCUUCAUCCAACACAUUGUUGAUCGACAAAGAGCCUUACAAAGCUCUGUUAAACCCUCCUCACACUGCCAUAUUCCCAAACGAGUACAAAGCAGAUGAUGUUGAAGACGGGGGUUUUAAAUGUGGAAGUGAUCUGAGAUUGUACCUUGAAAAAUUGGCUGAGGCAGAGGAUGUUCCUGGUUUUGUCAAAGGGAAUCCCUUUGGAAAGCCUGCAAUUUCUCCUCGACAUCCAAACUGGGAUUUUUACUCCAAAAUCAUUCGAAAAUAUCAGAGAAGCUGAUGGC